GCUCCUUCAUCUUUGCGCCUCUUCUUUACCCUUUUCUUCCAAGGGGGAGGAAAGAAAGAGAGAGAAAGAGGUCGGCCCAAACUGUAGUCUCUUCGAGGGCGCCGCGAAAAUUGCAACCAAGGCGCGUAAGGAAAGCUUUUCUCGCUGCUGCUCAAGGGAGGCUCGCAGUUUCCUUGCUUUCGGAAUUUGGUUAGGAGGAUGCUACUUAGCGACGGAGGAGAUGGCAUCUCUGCCUCAGAAGAUACUACACCCAUCUGUUGCUGAUACUCUUCAUGAAAUCUCUGUACCAUUUACUCCUAUAACUUGUUAUGGAAAAAUAGCACCUUAUUCAGCAGAUAAUAACAAUUCCAUGCUAUCUAGAAGUUGUUUGUUGAAUUUUACAACUGAUAGCAAGAUGGGCUUUGAAGAACCCAACGAAAUAGUAAAUGGAAAAAAGCAUUCAACCGUUUGGAAGCUCUCUGAAGUGACCUCUCUACGAAAGGAGGAAGAAACAUCAAGAGCUACAGCUGGACUUGAAGAAAGAAAAUGCUUAAAGAAUACAUGUAUUUCAGAAUUAGAUAAUAAACUACACAGGGAAAGUAGCAUCCCUGAGAUUCAAAAACUCAAAGAUGCAAAUUGGACAGAAUUGUUUCUUGAUCAGUCUCCUUUUGGGAAUAGCAUUCAGGAAAGAAGUCAUUCUGUCUUGGAUCACUGCAUAUUUAAAAAUAUGGUUCAAAAUAACAGGGGCAAAGAUAUCAUAAAUAAAAAGCCUGGCACUUUUGAUCCAAAGCUAUUACAUGCAAAUAUUUUAAACAGUUCUGUAGCCUUUGAAAAUAAUUCAGAGAAUUUUGAACAAGAAACUCCUGGGACUUUGGUAAAUAAUAAUACAUUAUGUCCUGCAAACAUAAUUUCAAAUUCUAUCCAGGCAGCCAAGAAUAAAAAUAAAAACUAUUUUUGGGCUCCACUUAGUGACAGUUCCGAUGAAGAGUGGACAAAUAUGACAAAACAUAAUUUAAAGUGGUCGCCUAGGGACAGCAAAAAUUAUACAAACCUUGGUGACAGUGCUAACUUUGACAAUCUGACCAUUAUGAAAUAUUUCAGUUCAUCAAUGCCGAAAGAUGAAAUUGUCUUCAAAAUAAUGCCUGACAGCUGUGAAAAAUGCAAUCCAGGAAUGGAAACCUUGGAGAUUCAAGAAUAUAAAUGCAAGAAUUUUACACAGACCCCAAAAUAUAACAAUUUUAAUGGAACACAGAAUUCCAUGAAAAGCAACUACAAAGAGUCUGAAAAUGGAAAUAACCAUUUUCAUUCUAAGUUUACAGUAGGAAAAGAUGCACUGAGACAUCAGAUGUCAGAUAUUGAAGCUUUAGAGAGAGCCUCAGACCAGAGAAAUGAAUCUAAAUUACAGCAAACGCUGGAAAUGGACAAUACCUUUAAAGGGAGGAAAUAUAUCGGAGAACAGGAUGUCAAUUUUAAUAAAGCUACAUAUCAAAAAGAUGCAGAAUUAACAUCUCAAUUGGGCUGUUCAGAUACGGAAAUUAAGAGCAGUUCUGUGAGUUCAUUACUGAAGACGUCAGAAAAUAAUACUUAUAAAGAGGGCUCCGACUGUCUGAAUCACAGUAUUAAAAGCGUGAAUAAGAGCAAUAUUGACUGUGUUAUGCUAGUUGGGCCGCCCCAGAUCAGUGAUGACCAGGUCAUACAUAAGCCUUGUAUCUCCAAAAAUGAGCAAGGCUCUGUAAAUGAUAAUAUUUCUGCAACUGGUCUCCAACCAGCAUAUGGUGCUAAAGAGUUCUCCACUGCAGGUGUUAAUGCUUUAGAGUGCUGUGAUGGUCAUAAGAAACCGCUUUAUAGCAAUACAGACCCAUUAGAUUUCAGCCAUAGUGAGGGUGUUUUGGCUAAAUAUUAUUUUUAUUUGAACUAUCUCAAUGAGUCCAAAAGAUUGCAGUGCGAAAAUGCCCAUCCAUUCUCUUCAUGUCAAGAACAUGGUUUUUUCAAAGAAGCCUAUUACGAUACUGGAUCCUGUUACUGUAAGAACGGUAGCAUGAAUGAGCAGCAGACAGAUGAAAAUAUGAACAAUGACCUGGGAACUUCUGAAGACAAGAAAAGGACGGAGAUCAUCAAACCGCAAAAUCAUUUUGAAGAUCAGGUGUUGAAGCCUCAAUUUGCAAAUAGCGCCCGCAAACAAAUGGAGAGAACAGGCACUUUUAAAGACCAGGAAGUUUUUGAAAACAGAAAAUCAAGGCCAAAACAGGCUAGUCCUAAGAAACAUUGGGAAAGAGCCAACAUUUCAUGCUCAUCUUACGCACAGAGAGAACUGAAGCCAAGUAGAUCACGGUGUGUCCAAAGACCUGCAACAGGAAAGAAGUUAAUAAGGAAGAGCAGUUAUAAUUCCCAGAGCCGCUUACCUUCAGGGACGCAACGUAGGUUGCAGUAUGAAAACGCUUCUCAGUAUUAUAACAAAUUAAACAUGAAAAGUGACUGCAGUCUCACACCGUGGCUGCUACUUCCUGAUGAAUUAUGGCUUUGUGUCUUUUCCCUGCUGACUCAUAAAGAUAUUUCCCGGAUUUCCCAGGUCUGUCAUCACUUUUAUCAACUAGCUGGAGAUAAGUCCCUCUGGAAGAAGAUUCAACUUAAGGAUUGCCACUGCUUGAAUGAUGAUUGGUUGAUUGGUUUAGGAAAACAUCACCCUGAGUGUUUCACUCUUGAUCAUUGCCAUGAUAAAGAUCAGAGAAUUUCUGAGGUUGGUCUAAAACAAUUCUUCCAGUACUGUGAAGGAUAUCUCAAGGAACUGAAUAUAAAAAACUGCAGUGGUUCUGGAUAUAAAGGGGACAGGAUUCUGCUUCAUGCAAGCACCUUUUGCCAUAACUUGGCAGUGGUAGAUAUAAGUUGGACAGGAGCUACUGAUUUUGGACUCGAUGCCCUAGUCAAAGGUUCUAGAAGUUUACAGUAUUUUUCUGCUAAUGGAUGCCAAAUUACCAAUGAGUCAGUAAUGGCCUUGAUUGAAAAGCAUGGAAAAAGCCUUAAGAAACUGGAAAUGUUUGGCUGUCAAGCCAUUACGGACAAAUGCUUGAAAUCAAUUUCUACUAAAUGUCUAGGUCUAGAAGUUCUGAAUAUUGGCAGAGUUCAUAGAAUUUCGCAGGACUGUUUAGUUCAAAUGGUAAAUUCAUUGCAACAGCUUACUUGCCUCAAUGUCACAGGCCUUGAAAUGAUGAGGGAUUCUCUAGUACAUUCUAUUUUGAAGAAGUGUCCUAAACUGGAUUGUUUGAUUCUUAAUUUGUGUUCUCACAUAACUGACAUCAGUCUAAUUGAAAUUAGCAGUUAUUUGCCAGGGAUCAGGUACCUUGAUGUUAAUGGAUGUAAAGAUGUGAGUGAUAUUGGAGUUCAAGCUUUAGCAAGGAAUUGCCAUAAAAUUUCUUAUCUUGAUUUGAGUUCCACAGCAACAAGCAAAAGAGGGGUUUGCUUGUUGGCUAAUUUCUGCUUUAAUACCUUAGAGUGUCUGAAGCUUAGUUUCUGCAGGAAUAUCUCUCUAGAUUCAGUUGCAAAACUAUGUAAAAACUGCAAAAGAUGGCAGGAAUAGAACCAGGACAUACUGUAAAAAAGGAAACAGAAUUGAGUAGAAAAUUACCAGAAAAUUGCAGUUAAGAGAUGAAGACCAAUGAAAUGUAAAUGUCUCGGCAAUGGGCUUUGUACAAGUGAUAUUCAAGAAGAGAUUGAAGAAUCAUCUGUGACUGAAAUGUGUCACCAUGCUAACACUUUUAUUAUGAAAAUUUGAUAAUUACCUCUAAGCUCCCUUCCAAAUCUAAUAUCUGAUUCUAGGAUUCCAGUAUCAAAAAUUGAUUUCUGAGAAUCUGGGAUGAUUUUUAUUUACAGCAGGGUGGAUAAUUAAUUUUGCCAAGGGGCCACAUGAGAAACUGGGACUGUUGUGGAAGGCCGAACCAAUUGGGCUUUGAAGGUGCAUAGGUGUACAUACAUACAUAGUUGCCUUCAAAAUAAAGGCAAUCCAUGCAGGCUGGACAUGAUAGCCAAAGGGCCGGAUGUGGCCCAGGGGCUCUAAAGUGCCCAGGUUAGAGUUACAGCUAUGCUUCUGAAUCCAUGUAAGACCAACAGGGAAAAAAAUGAUGAAAGGUUGCAAUGCAGUGCUUGGAAUCUAAAGGAAAGUUUUAUUUAUUAAAAAGUACCAACUUGGAAGAAAAAAGUUCCAUUAUUCUUCCAGACCAUUCUAAUUGGUGGGUUUUAGGAGGUUCACUUCAGGAUAAUUCUUCUAUAUUCCUCCUCCAGAGUUUCCUGAUCUUUCAUUCUAGGGGUGGACUGGUGGCUCCCACAUCAGUAGGAUCCAAAAUAAAAACGUCCCUAUGUUAUCUAGAUUGUUUUGUUCAUAGAAUGAUAGGGGCUUUUCUUUUACAUAACUGUUAGUUGCCAUAGCAAAAACAUCCUGUGUGGCUAAAGAUGGGUAGGAAAAUUCAAGUGUCCCAAAUAGAGAAAAUGUUAGUUACUGUUAGCAUUAAAAAUUGUGUCUCAGUUGAAAUCAUUAGUUUCUUACCUUAAUCUAUUUGGAAUUUUGAUCUGUAGCAUUCUGUUUUUAUUUUCUGUGAAACGUGAUGUUUAAAUCUUAAAUGUUUAAGUUAAAUUGGCAUCAUCAAAAAAAUCUCCCCAACUUAAAAGGCUUUUGUUACCACUUGCUUGAAUUGGCAAUGCAGUCAAUAAAAUGUAGAACAGAGGUGUGUAUGUGUGUGUGGAAAGUGAGAUACUUGGAUGGCACGAGCUUCCUAAAAGCCUUAGAUGCCGCGCUCAGAGACCUUCAAAUGCUAUCAAUUGUAAUCUAUAUUAAAUGCUUGGUUAGAAAACAAAGAUUUAAGUAAAUUUAAUUACAGUUUAA